AUGGGGCGUAAUGAAGAGAGAGAGGAAAAGUUGCUUGAGAGGUGUCCUCCUGGCCAUGAGGGCACAAAGUUGAUCGACAUACCCGCGACAAUUCUUGAUGCAUCUGGUGCCAUCAUCGCAUGGUACCUCCCAGAUGCCUUGACCGAUGCCACCCAGAAUGAAAUUUGGGCGGCCUCGGAUUUGCUAGCUCCCAUGCUCGAACAAAGCAUAAAGCUCGAUGGGAUUUGGCGGACUAAUCAACAGUGGUUCACACCAAGCUCGGAAAAUGAUGUCCUAACUCCCGGAUGCGUUAAUUUAUCUCCGGCAUGGUUUCAGCAGGGGCACGAGAAUCAGUCCGAUCCGGAGGUAUCUGCAUCAUUGAAGGGACCAUCCUCCGAGAACAUCCUCAAAGCCAUUGCGAGGCCAGCAGCCAUUGCCACAGCGGCACUCAGGGUGAUGCAUCCUGAGCAGUACUGGGCAGGGUUGCAAGCCUUUGGAGCCUCGGAGAAAAGGCACGAAGCAAGGAACUGCCGAAGAUGUCAGAGACUCUCCAGUACUGGGCAACUGGUGUUUAACAGCCUCACCGUCAUAUGCAAUCGGGAAACCCCGAAUCAUCGAGACCCCUCAUCGAUUUCUGAAUGCUUCGAUAUUCUCACUAGUGUGGGGAAUUAUUCUAAUGCUUGGAUGAGUAUGCCAAGCCUGCAGCUGGAGUUAAGGUACGAUCCGGGGUGCAUGAUUGCAUUUUCGGGAAGGAUUGUCAGACACGCGGUCUAUGCAGUGGAAGGGGAUCGGAUUGCCUGGGCAUGGUAUAUGAGGGAUGCUGUUCAUGUUUAUGCUGGGAUUCCGUCGUGUGGAUGGGCAAGGUUGGAUUGGAAAAGUAGAAAGGUAGUACCCGUGUUAGUACCCACCUUCAAAUAA